AUGCACUCCUCUAGACUGUCCAACGACAUCACCCGGAAGGCUUUCUGGGUCCAACGGCUCCAAGUCGUCGAAGCGGCGCCUGAUGGACCUCUCUUCUUUGACAAGCUGGAAACCACACCCUCCAACCACACGCCAUUGGCCGUCGGGCCUGAAGGGUAUGCCCGCACCAAGGCAGUCAUGGCUGUCGACACGAGCAAUCUACAAGAGGCUGCGUCGAUGCACCACCUAUCUGAGGAUACGCUCAUUCUUGCCGCUUGGACCAUUCUUCUUCGGUCGUAUUCCGGCGAAGAUGCACCUGUGAGCUUCGGCGUGUGCCUCGACAGGGAGCGAGCAGCCUGGCUCUCGACCAUGAGCCUGGCUGGCAAUGACAGCCUGCUUAGCGCCAUGCGGGCCGCCGAGCAGGACAUGAAGCUGACCAUGAGCCACACCUUGACGUUCCACUCCCUCGGCGCGUUUGCGGAGGCGGCGAACUAUCGUACUAUUGGGACCGCUGUCUAUGUGCAUUCUUUCAGAUCCAAAUUUCCCAAGAUGCAUUUGCCUUCGAUGGCAACCGUGUUCGUCAAUGUCGCCCAAGGGACGAUGGUCCAUGUGCAUCUCUGUUUCCGCAAGGACGUCCUCUCCGAGGCGAGGGCCGCCAGCGUCAUCGACAAUUUCGCGCACGUGCUCAAUGUAUUGACUCUGAAGUUGCGUUGCGUGGCCCAAUUCGACGCCGACCAUCUGCUCGUCAAUACCAUCGACACCGUCAGCCGCAAUGACUACAACCGCAUCGUCGAGUUCAGCGCCCCGUUGCCCCUAAGGCUCGAUGACUGCGUCCACGACCUUGUUCUUACGAAAUGCGCCAAACCCGAUAAUGCUGGCAGAGUCGCCGUCGCGGCUUGGGAUGGAAGCUUUACAUACGGCGAACUGGCUCAGCACGUUCUUCGCCUGGCCAGUGUCAUCGCCAGCGCGGCACAUCAGCUUAACGCACGGGCUGAAGGCAGGAAGCUUCUCGUGCCUUUCUUCCUGACCAAGUCAAAGUGGACACCUGUGGCCAUUCUCGCCAUCCUCGCUGCGGGCGGUGCAUGUGUCCCCCUCGAACCCAGCCAUCCCGCUGCCCGUCGCAACGAUAUCCUGAGCCAGCUGAAUUCCCCGAUUGUUCUGAGCAACAUGACUCUUCGCCAAACCCUAGCCGACAGCCUGUCCCUCCAGACUCCCGUCAGGUACAUCCUGUGCGUCGACAGCGUCGACCAGAGCUCAUUCCCGGCUGUUGCCCUCCCAUACGUCCAGCCUGAGGAUCUUUGCUGGAUUAUCUUCACUUCCGGCAGCACAGGUUCGCCGAAGGGCGUCAAGUGGCAGCAUAAUGCCCUUGCCACCAACAUUUGGGAGCAUGGGCGCGAAUUUCAUAUGAACGACCGCAGCAGGGUUCUCCAAUUUGCGUCUCAUGUCUUCGAUAUCUCCGUGUUUGAGCUCGUUACCCCACUCGUCCAUGGUGGGUGCGUUGUCAUUCCCUCGGACAAUGACCGUACCCAGCCGGACAGGCUGGCAAAGUUCAUGGAGAGCAUGGGCGUUAACUGCGCGCUUUUUGCUGCAUCGUAUGCCCGUCUCCUCAAGCCAGAGUCCGUGCCAACCCUCCGAACGCUCAUCCUCGGAGGGGAAUCGAUCGGACAGGACAACAUCGACAAGUGGACCCCGACCCUCGAUCGCUUCAUUAUCGGCUAUGGGUCUGCCGAGACCUGCAUCAACUGCGCUAAGAACGAGUUUUCUGUCCAGACACAGGCGAAAGAGCCCUGGAAGGAGAGUCUCGGACGUGCCAUCGGCGGCCGCAUGCUGAUUGCAGACCGGUCCAACAGCGACAAGCUGGUCCCCAUUGGUGCGGUCGGCGAGAUCGUCGUCGAGGGCCCGAUUCUGGCGCAGGGCUAUCUCCAUGAUGAUGUCAAGACAUCCAAGGCCUUCAUUGAGAACCCUGCUUGGGUGCGCAAGACACACUUCUACCCUGCCAGCUCGCGCCGCCGUUUCUAUCGGACUGGCGAUCUCGGCCGCCAGGCCAUGGACGGGUCCGUCUCGUUCGUUGGCCGCGCAGACUUCCAGGUCAAGAUUCGUGGCCAGCGCAUGGAGCUCGACGAGGUGCGCUUCCACGUCGUCAAGGCCAUGCCCGAGGCGGUCGACGUUCAUGUUGAUGUUGUGAAUCCGGAGGGUGAAAAGGCUCUCGUGGCGUUCCUCUCUUUCGGCCGCAACAGUGAUGAUCAAAAGGGCGUCCAGAUCCAUCACCUUGACCAGAGUCAAUCGAUUGCUCUGCGUGCCAUGAUGGGCACGCUCCGUGAGAAACUGCCCGCCGCAGCCGUCCCGUCAUUCUUCAUUCCGACAACAAGCUUCCCUUACUUGGUCUCCGGAAAGGUAGACCGCAAGCAGCUCCUUGACUUCGCCAACCGGUCGUCGAUUGAGCAACUCAUCUCCUACUCCGGUCUCAUCUCUCAGAUAAGCUCUGAGGUGUUCGCUCCUGGCAACAGCACCGAAGAGCUCCUACUCUCGUGCUGCCGAGAGAUCCUCAAACUUCCAUCCCUUGGGCCGGAUGACAACUUUCUGACCUCUGGUGGCGACUCGAUCUCGGCGAUCAAGGUGGCCUCCGCUGCUCGCGAUUAUGGUGUCAGCAUCAACGUCGCUGACCUCUUCAAUGCUCCCACCAUCCGAGCCUUGGCUCGAGUUGCUACUGGCGUGGAAGGCUGUGUUGAGGAUGAAAUUGACAUUCCCGUCGCUUUGGGCUUGCUUCCAAGAGAUCUUGUCGACGAGAUCGUGCUGGAUGUCAAGGCUCGGAGUCCGGCUCAUGACGAGGUCCUUGACGUAUACCCCUGUACACCGCUUCAGGAAGCCCUCAUCACCGCCUCUAGUAUUCGUUCUGGCGCUUACGUGGCACGGCAUACUGUGGAACUACCUGUGCAUGUCGACCUCCAUCGCUUCAAAGCUGCCUGGUCUGCGGUGAUCCAGCGCCACGACAUCCUGCGGACUCGCAUUUUUGAAAGCCCUCAUGGCGCCAUUCAGGUUGUUUAUGCCUCCGGUGUCCCAUGGUACACUGGAUCCGACCUCGGCGCAUAUUGCGAGCAAGAUAGGUCACUUCCAAUGGGCUUCGGCGACAGCCUCGUGCGACUUGGCCUGGUUGGCCGGGCGUUCAUCUUUACUAUCCACCACUCGCUUUUCGAUGGGUGGUCUAUCACUCGUCUGUUCGAGGACGUUGAGCGGGAAUAUGCCGGUCUCGAUGUCCUCGAGGUGCAUCCGUAUAAGCUGUACAUCCAGCACCUGUCACGCCUCGACACCGAGUCCCCAAGGCAGUUCUGGGCUACCAAGCUGGCAUCUGACCGGGGACUUGCCGCUUGCCACUUCCCACAGACGCUCAGCUCGUCCGUCACCCCGGCACCCGACUCCGAGGUGAAGAUGAAGCUUGCCGUGGCGGACAAUGCCAAGUCUGAGUUCACCCUGCCGACUCGCAUCCGCGCUGCGUGGGCGCUCCUUAUGGGCCGCUACCUUGACUCCCAGGACGUCAUCUUCGGCGAGACAUUCUCCGGGCGGUCCUGGAACUCGAAAUACGUGCAGGCGAUUGCCGGUCCUACCAUCUCAACCGCACCUGUUCGUAUUACUUGGGACGUCAACGACACUAUCGAAGCCUUUCUGCGGACCAUUCAAAGCGACGUCCUUCAGUUCGACGCCUACGGUCAUCUCGGCGUCCAGACCAUCUCAAGUCUGAGCAACCAUGCUGCUGAAGCUUGCCAGUUCCGGCACCUUAUCGUCAUCCAACCCAGACGGUCAUCCCUGGCGUCAUUCCUGGCGUCAGAUGGAGACGACCGGCAUCGGCCACGAAUAGGAUUGGAGAAAGCCUCUCUUGACUUGAGAGAGUACCACAGCUACGCCUUCAACAUGGACUUUACCUUGGAGGACGAUGGGAUUACGGUCACGACUACCUUCGACUCCGCAGUAUUCGCCAAGCAGCAGAUUCAGCACCUGCAGUCGCAGUUCGGCCAUGUCCUCAACCAGAUCUGCCGGGCACAGGAUCUUGCCAAGGAGACCAUCAAUGGCAUUGACUACGCUUCGGGGAAAGAUCGCGAAGUGCAAAUCAGAAGCAACAACCGACAAAAUCUGCAAUACGAACGCUCUACUCUCAUCCAGGCCUUGGAACGCCAUGUGUGCAGCCAGUCGACUGCGCCAGCCGUUCACGCUUGGGACGGGUCUCUCAACUACCGUGAGCUUGACCGUGGCACAGCUGCCCUGGCAAACCAUCUCAGCGCCAUCGGCGUUCGGAAAGGGGAUCACGUCCCGUAUUGCUUCCCCAAAUCCGUAUGGACAACCGUGUCCAUCCUUGGCGCUCUCAGAGUUGGUGCCAUCGCCAUCGCGCUUGAACCCUCCCACCCCGACUCCGGCAUCUUAAAGAUACUGUCGCAGGCGAAGCCAAAAGUGGUACUGUGUGCCCCCAGCUUCUUCUCCAGGAUCAAAUCCCUGGGCUUCAGACCGUUCGCUGUCGAGGAGAACGCCAUCCGCAGCAUAUCUCAACGGGCGAUCAAGAAGCGGUACUCUGUGCAACCCAACGACAUCGCAUUCCAUGUUAUGACAUCUGGAAGCACUGGUGAGCCCAAGGGCAUCCCUUUGGAGCACAACGCCAUCUGCAUCAUGGCCAAGAAGCACGGAGAGGUGAUGAACAUCAACAAGAGCUCUCGGAUCUUCCAGUUCGCUGCCCACGUCUUCGAUGUCAGUAUCGGUGAUCUCGCCAUCUCCCUCUAUCACGGCGCGUGCCUAUGUGUUCCGUCCGACCACGACCGAAUGAACAACCUCGCGUCAGCCAUCAACAAGUUCCGAGCCAACCGCGCUUGGCUCACCCCCACGGUCGCGAGUCUCAUAUCUCCAGCAGACUGCCCAACCAUGGAAUGGCUCUCGGUUGGUGGCGAGCAGCUGACCCAGAUGUGCAAGGACAUCUGGGAUGGUGUCGCCCUUGUCAACGUGUACGGCCCAGCUGAGGUCACCAACCUGGGAACUGCAGUCAGGGUGUCUCGUGACCUACCUAUCACCAACAUUGGCCACGCUAACGGCACCCGAGUCUGGAUCUGCGAGCCUGGCAACCCCCAGAAGCUUGCCCCUACGGGAUGCAUCGGCGAAAUCGUCUUUGAAGGACCGAAUGUCACUCAGGGAUACUCCAACAACCCCACGCUGACGGAAGCCGCUUUUCCGGAUAUUCUAUCGUGGGCGCUUGGCGAGGGCCCGCAGAAGCCGGCGCGAAUGUAUCGCACUGGAGAUCUCGCGCGCCUCAACGUGGACGGCUCCAUCGACUUCCAGGGACGACGAGACACUCAGAUCAAACUGAGGGGUCAGCGCAUCGAGAUUACCGCCAUCGAAACAGCUCUGCAGGCCUCGAUUGAGGAGCCAGUCGAGCUAGCCAUCGAUGUGCUGGACCGUUCGGGCGUCGGCCCUAGCCCUUCGCUAGAUCUCUUCGCUACCAUUGACAUCAAGACGCUGGUUGCCGACAUCCGUUCGAAGUUGUCCCAGGCGCUCCCUCCGCACAUGAUUCCGACCUUGUUUAUUCCCCUGAACCGACUACCCAAGUUGGUGUCAGGAAAGAUCGACAGGAAGACUCUUCGCCUCGCAGCUUACAAGCUGACGGACGAGGUGAUGAGCUCUUACAAGCUUGGUCAGAGUGUUGCGAAGCCACAGCCGUUGACCCAAGAGGAGUCCGCAAUGCGGAAGCUCUGGGCCAGUGUGCUUCGCCUUCCUGAGACCGAGAUCGGGAUGGACGACAAUUUCGUAAGUCUUGGAGGCGACUCGAUAACUGCCAUCAAGCUUGUUGUUGUGGCCAGGGCACAGGGACUCACAAUCUCUGUCGCCACCAUCUUCCAGCAUGGUACCAUCUCCAGCCUUUGCGGGUCAAUAGUCAAGCCGGCGAAAGUCGAUGAGGUCGCUUCUAUCCCUCGUACCAAGCUCCAACACCCACAACUCGCAGAUAUCGCCCUGCAAUGUGACGUUUCGGAGGACGAUAUCGAGGACAUCUUUCCCACCACUGCUCUCCAGGAAGGGAUGAUGAUGCUAACGGAGAAGAACACCACCGCAUACAUCGCCCAUCACGUCAUGCCAUUGCCGAGCUGGGUCGAGACGUCGGUCUUCCACCGCGCCUGGCAGGUGGUUACAGACGAGAACGCCAUCCUAAGAACACGGAUCAUUCCCGCUGGACUGCAGGUGGUGCUUCGGCCAGCCCCAGUCCAGUGGACACCGUCUACAGCAGGUGACUUGAGCGCCUACAUCCGUGAUAUCCGCCAGCAGAAGAUCGGCUUUGGGACUGCCCUGACGCGCGUCGCCAUCCUUCAGAACCCUCCUCGUUUCGUGCUUACCGCACAUCACUCUAUCUACGAUGGCUGGUCCAUGGGGUUGCUUGGUAAUGCCAUUACCGUGGCAUACAAGAACUUGACGCGCGGAAGCCUGCCAGCGACGUACCCGAUGGAUCAAUCCACAAAAAUCACCUUCCACUCGUUUGUCGACUACAUCGCCACCGUCGAUAAAAACCAGGCCAGAGACUUUUGGCGCAGCCAACUCGAUGGCUCUGACCCAGCUUAUUUCCCUCCAUCACUACCCUCCUCUUAUCAGCCUCUCGCAGAUUCCCUUCUUGAGCGGAGAGUCGAUUUCCCCAGGGAUCCCAAGUCAACUUCCACCUCGUCAACUCUCAUCCGCGCGGCCUGGGCCCUGCUUAUUUCGGCAUUCACGGGCUCCCAUACAGAUGUGGUCUUCGGCGCGUCGGUCACCGGCCGCAGUGCUCCACUUGAUGGCAUUCUCACGCUGAUCGGGCCAACACUCGCCACUGUCCCGUUCAGGGUCGUCCUGAACUGGAAGGAGCCAAUCCAAGCACUCCUGGAUCGCGUUCAGCUGCAGUCCUUCGCCGUGCUGGAGUUUGAGCAGUAUGGUUUGCAGAACAUCAAGAAAUCCGUCCCCUCGGCUGCCGCGGCCUGCGAGUUUCAAAGCCUCCUGGUCGUCCACCCUGAGUUGGAGACAAACGACGCUGCCGGUCAGCUGGUGUGGAGUUCCGAACGGUCGACGUCGGACUUCUUGACGAAUGCGCUAACCGUGGAAUGCCAACCUACUGGCUCACAAAUGCUCCUCACGGCGUCUUACGACUCCUCGAUUAUGGACGAGCGACAAAUGGGCCGUAUGCUCUCGACAUUUGAGCACAUUCUCUGCCAACUCUGCCAGGGCGAGCUUAAUAAGAGCCUCCGCCUCGAUCAGAUCGACACCGUCAGUCCUAGCGAUCGUGCCGAGAUCGCUGCCAUCACGAAGCGGCUCCCGCCUCUCAUACAAGACCGGGUACACGACAUGUUUGCGCGGCAAGCGGCCGCUACUCCGAACGCGCUUGCGGUCUCUGCCUGGGACGGCGAUCUCACCUACCACCAACUCGACGAGCUGUCUGACAGGCUCGCUUGCCACGUUCGGUCACUUGGUGUCGGUCCCGAGUGCUUCAUCCCCUUUGCUUUCGAGAAGUCCAAGUGGGUACCGGUGACCCAGCUGGCUAUCCUCAAGGCGGGAGGCGCCUGUUGUCCUCUCGAUCCGUCUCAACCACUCGACCGCCUGCAAAGUAUCAUCGAAACUAUCGAGCCGAAGGUUGUCGUGACGUCCACUGUUCACGCCGAUCUCUUGGUGUCUUGCAGCCAGGUGGAGCACUUCGUGGCUGUUUCCCAGACGCUGAUGGACCGUCUUCCCAAGCCCAAUGGCCCGGCAGCGGACCCACGGACUUCGUCCAGCAAUGCUUGCUACGUGAUUUUCACGAGCGGAAGUACAGGGACGCCGAAAGGGGUAGUCUGGGAGCAUGCUACACUUUGUAGCAGCAUGGCUGAGCACGGUGUAGCCUUCAACUACGCCACCGAGUCCCGAGUCUUGCAGUUUUCGAGCCACACCUUCGACGUCAGCGUGUCGGAGCUCCUGACCACCCUUGUCUUCGGUGGUUGUGUUUGUAUCCCUGACGACUUCACGCGUCUUAACGGUAUUGCCAACUUCAUGAGAGAAAAGCGUAUCAACUGGAGCUUCUUCGUCCCAUCUUUUGCUCGGCUCAUGGACCCAGCCUCCGUCCCGGGACUCAAAACGAUUGUCCUCGGAGGAGAGGCGCCCGGAAAGGACAAUAUUGAGCGCUGGUCGGGAAAAUUGGGCCUCGAGCUCAUCGUUACUUACGGCCCGGCCGAGAGCUGCAUCUACUGCGCCAAGAACAGCGUCAAUGGCCCGCAGAUCGAUGGCAGCAUUGGCCAUUCCAUCGGAGGCAUUAUGUGGAUUGCUGACCUGGGUCGUCCCACCGAGCUCGCCCCUAUCGGCGCGGUCGGCGAGAUUGUCAUUGAAGGCAGUAUUCUCGGCCGCGGUUAUCUGAAGGACCCAGGCAAGAUGGCAUCAUCAUUCCGGCCGAUGCCUGUCAAGUGGGCCAACGGCCGCAGCUCGCGUGUCUAUUAUACGGGUGACCUCGGCCGCGUCAACUCCGACGGAACGAUCAGUUGCCUGGGACGCAGGGAUGACCAGGUCAAAAUUCGUGGCCAGCGUGUUGAACUUUCUGACAUUGAGUAUCACCUUCGCAAGGAUGAGCGUGUGCGUCAGGCGCUCGUCCUUUACCCUCGCUCAGGUCCCUGUGCCAACCACCUCGUCGGCAUUCUUUCCAUGGUCCGCGAUAAGCCUACGUCCGAUCUGGCCUCCUCAGCAGAUAUCGCCCUCGCCAAUUUUGAGGACUGGGUCCUGGUGGCGGAUAUCCAGGAUCGGUUAUCCCAACAGGUUCCGGUCUACAUGAUUCCUGUCAUUUGGAUCGUCCUCAACGCAAUCCCGCUCAUGCCAGCAUCUCAGAAAGUUAACAAGAAGAUGGUGAACGAGUGGGCAAAGACUAUGGACCAGGCGACUUACGAGCAGAUUGCGAGGCUCUCAGCCGGCGGCAGCAGCUCUGAUAAUGCUCCUGCCAUGAGGACUACCCUGGAGGAGCAGGUGCGCAUCAUCUGGAGCGACAUCCUCAACGUCGCGCCCCAGACCAUCGGACAGAACACUUCUUUUCUCAGAGUUGGUGGUGACUCCAUCUCAGCUAUGCAGGUCGUCACGCGGUGUAGGAACGAGGGGAUAAUGGUCACCGUCCAGGAUCUCCUGAAGUCCAAGACAAUCGCUGAUUUCUGCGAGAAAGCCACGACGGUAAAGCAGGCGACACUCACCACCCUUGUCGAGGAACCUGAAUCCGAGACACCGUUCGCUCUGUCGCCUAUUCAGAAGUGGUUCAUGGCUCUAGCUCCCAAUGCUCCCAGUCACUUCAACCAGAGCCACCUCUUGCGGUUCACCCAGGCAGUCGAUUUUGGCAAACUCCGGAGCGCCCUUCUGACCAUCAUAGAGCGGCACCCGAUGCUCCGCGCACGAUUCCAGCAGGCCAACGGAAGCUGGCAACAGUACAUCUCCUCCGAUGCCGGUGGCUCACUGCGAUGCCGCCAAUUCCGGUCUGUUUGGACGAUGCAGAAGGUCAUUGAGUGCGCAUCCGACUCCCAGUCCUGCCUCGAUAUUACGAAGGGUCCUCUCGUGGCAGCCGACCUGUGUGAGAUGAGUGAUGGAGGGUAUGUUCUCUUCAUCACUUGUCAUCACCUGGUGAUCGACCUUGUGUCUUGGCGGAUUGUGCUUCAGGAGCUGGAAGACAUCCUGCUCACAGGGAGUCUGGCCGCCACACACAAGCCUCUCAGCUUCCGUACUUGGCGCCGCCUGUUGGAGGAGCAUGCUGCUGUUCCAGGAGGCGUCGAGGUCCCGCUUCAGGACUUUGGCUUCUGGGGAAUCAGCAGCUCUGACAACACUGCUGCCCAAGUUGUUGAGGAAUGCUUCUCCCUUGAUAACGCGACAACGGAGCUGCUCACCAGUCGGUCCAAUGAGGCCUUUAACACGGAACCCCUGGAUCUGCUCCUGACUGCCAUCGCCCACUCCUUCAACCAACUCUUCCGCUCCGUCCGCCCCCCGGUCGCCAUAUUCAACGAAGGUCACGGGCGCGAGCCUUGGAGAUCUGAUGUUGACCUCUCGUCCACCGUCGGGUGGUUCACGUCGAUGUGCCCUAUCCUGCUUUCGGAUCAUAAAGGCGAUGUGCUCCGCUCGCUCAAGGAGGUGAAGGAUAUACGACGUCAAAUUCCGGAGAAGGGACUGUCUUUCUUCGCAUCAUUCACGCAGCACACCACCACUGGGGUUGAGAUCACCUUCAACUACCAUGGUCUCUUCCAGUCUCUUGAGCGCCAGGGUGCACUUCUCAACCGGAUGAGCUGGGCGCCGUUUCACGCGCCCUCAGACUCUGCGGCUGAUGUGCCGCGGUUCUCGAUUUUCGACAUCUCGGCUGGAGUGGAGAAAGGGGCUCUGACCAUGAACUUCGCGUUUAACAGCAAGAUCAGGCACCGGCACCUCGUGCACCAGUGGAUUGAGGCUUGCGCAGACACCUUGCGGGACUUGGUCAAGGUAACAAGCCAGCAGAGCAACACAUCGCUCACGCUCUCCGACCUUCCUCACCUCCGGUCCACCUACGAUGAGCUGUCGAUGCUCCUCGAUACCACCCUACCAAGCGUUGGGGUGGCUGCCGCCAAUGUCCAGGACAUGUACCCCUGCUCACCGAUGCAAACAGCUCUCCUUGUCAGCCAAUCCAUGGAUCCUACCCUAUAUGCUGUUCGAUAUGUGUGGGAGGUUGUCCCAAAGGCUUCCGAGGCAGUCUCUGUGGACAGGCUUGUCAUGGCUUGGAAAGACGUGGUCAAGCAGCACCCACUGCUGCGAACCGUCUUCGUCCAGUCGACGUCGUCCAUUGAUGGCAAGACUACUUCGACUUACAAUCAGGUGGUUCUCAAGGAGUUUGAGCCGAAUAUCCUCAUCUGCGAGGAUGAUACUGCAUUACCUGUCGGCCGCCCCGAACAUCACAUCUCCAACGGUCCUCCACACCAGAUGGUGCUCUCCCAGCAGGCGUCGGGCAAGGUGCUUGUCCAGCUGGACGUCAGCCACACCCUGAUUGACGGUUCAUCUGUCAACACCCUGCUGGAUUCUUUUGUCACGGCCUACGACGGGGCUCCGGUAACAGCGGCCGCUCAUGACGCCUACGGCAACUACAUCGGCUACCUCAGCCAGCAGGACCUGGAUUCAUCUCGCCAAUUUUGGAAGACUUACCUGAGCGGUGCCGAGCCUUGUCACUUUCCUAGGCUAAAGAUGGCUGGUAAUACUUCUCGGACGCGACAGCUUGAGUACCUCGAUUUCACCUACCCCAACCCAACGAAACUUCAUAGCCUCUGCGCCAAUACCGAGACUACUGCCGCUAGCGUCUACAAGCUUGCCUGGGCAUUGCUGUUGCGAGCUUACACCGGCAACAACUCCCCUUGUUUCGGCUAUCUGGCGUCAGGCCGUGACCUUCCUAUCCAGGGCAUCACUGAAGCCGUCGGACCCUUCAUCAAUAUGCUGGUCUGCAUGAUCCCGCUGGAAGACAAUGGCAGGAAGGUUGAAAUGGCCCUCAAGUCGGCGCAUACUGACUAUGCCAACUGCCUGUCUCAUCAGCUGUGCUCUCUGGCGGAGAUUCAGCGCAGUCUGGGGUUGGGUGGUGACCGCCUGUUCAACACUGUCAUGUCGGUCCAGAGGCUGUCGCCGCCCGGCACCAGUGCUUCAGCGGUUGAGUUCAGGCCGGUUCAUGUUGAGGAUCCUAGUGAAUUCGAUAUCGCAUUGAACAUCGGCGACGCCCCGGAUUUCGUCGACAUCAGUUUGACAUACAGCAGCAACAUUAUUUCUACAGAUCAGGCAAAGAGGCUUGCAUCCACAUUCAGUCUGGCCAUUGACAGUGUUUUGGACUCGAUCUCCAAGUCGCUCCGGGAUGUCAAUUUCCUUGCCCUAGAGGACUACCAACAAAUCCUCGGUUGGAACAGCAUCGCCAGCCCGGUGCCUGUCUCGGCUCAGUGUGACCAUCUCAUCAGCCUUCAUCUCGCGAGCAAGGCUGACAAGCCUGCCGUCUCCGGCUGGGACCUUUCACUUACAUAUUCCGAGCUGGACACCCUGGCGAGCACCGUCGCUCGUCACCUGGUAUCCAAGUACUCGAUCACCGCCAACACAUUGGUUCCGUUCUGUUUUGAGAAGAGCGCCUGGACCAUCGUGGCGAUGCUGGGUAUCAUGAAGGCGGGCGCAGCCUUCGUACCCCUUGACCCCACGCAUCCGCUCGAUCGCUUGGUUGGCAUUGCAAAGCGCGUUCGGGCGCCACUUGUUGUCUGUUCCGAGCAGAACGAACACAUUGGCCUCGACAUCGGCGGUAACAUCAGCAUUCCUUACCUCGUUGUUGGACGCCGCAGCAUCGAGACGAUGAAGGCGUCAACCCUCAACCGGGCGAGCCUCUCCCCGCUCACUCGCUCCCGGAACCCGUCGGAUGUGGUAUACUGUCUGUGGACAUCGGGUUCUUCAGGGAUGCCAAAGGGCGUGCUAAUUCAACAUGCGGCAUUGUGCAGCAGUGCUUCCAUGCAUGGCAGAGCGUUUAACUACACCGCCCAAGCCCGCACUCUCCAGUUCGCAUCUUACGGCUUCGACGCCUGCAUUACCGAGAUCUUCACCACUCUCCUCAUGGGGGGCUGCGUCUGUGUUCCGUCUGAGACACAGCGCAUGGACAAGGAGAAGCUCAUGAAUUUCGUCAAUGAGCAUCGCGUCAACCAUGUCCUGCUCACACCGUCCGUCCUGGCACUGAUGGACCCCCUGAGAGUACCGUCCAUUACGACUCUCCUGCUCGGUGGCGAGGCGGCAAACUAUCAGCUCAUCGACAAGUGGCGUGCUCCAUUGAGGCAUCUUUUCAUCGCGUACGGCCCUACCGAGUGUACCGUCAUCUGCGCUGGACACGACGUCACGGGCCCGGACACCCUCCGUCCUGGCAAGAGCUCCAUCGGCAAGAGUGUUGGCAGCGUUGCGUGGGUGUGUGACCCGCGUGAUCACAACAAGUUGGUCCCUGUCGGAGCGAUCGGGGAGCUUCUGGUCGAAGGGCCCAUUCUUGCUCAAGGCUACCUUGAGGACGAGGCCAAGACCAAUGCAGUCUUUGUCAUGCCAGCUUGGUCUGGAGAACAGCGUCGCAUGUACAAGACCGGCGAUCUCGUCAGGUACCAAGAGGACGGGACCAUGGAGUACCUCGGUCGGCGUGACAACCAGGUCAAGCUGCGGGGUCAGCGGCUGGAGCUGGGAGAAAUCGAAGAGCAGUUGAGCAAGCAACCCGACGUCCAGCAGUGUGCCGUUCUCCUGAUCAAGGAGGGCGUUUGCGCGAACAAGCUUGUCGCUGUCAUGACGCUCAGGACUGUCGUGGACUCGAGGGUCGCUGGUCGGUUAUCGCCGCCAUCCGAUUUUGCAGAAGGUAUGGAUGUCAUGACUGGCGAUUUUGUCUCUUCCACCACCGCGGACCUUAGCCGAGCCCUUUUUGGCGUGUUACCGUCCUUCAUGGUUCCCUCAUGCUGGAUUGUGGCCAGCCAAUUGCCGCUGCUGGCUUCCGGCAAGACCGACCGUCGCUUCCUCGCGAGCUGCAUCAACAACAUGAACCAGGAGGCUUACCAGCUGUCCACUGGACAGGGGCCAGGAAUUUCGACCGCUGAAGAGCAGGACCUGUCGACCGUGGAGAAGACCAUCCGCCAGGUUUGGAGCACCGUUUUGAACAUCUCUGAGCAGUCCAUCAACCCUUCCGCUGGCUCGUUUGUCAAGAUGGGCGGUGACUCCAUCAGCGCCAUGGAAGUUGUCGCUCAAUGCCGUGGCAAGGGAAUUCCACUUCUUAUUGAGCAGCUCCUGAAGGCCAAGUCGGUCAAGCAACUGGCUAAGCACUUCGACCAGCUUGAUUUGGCCACAGCCCCGGUGUCCACGACUGCGGAGAUCUCGAAUGUGACGUCCACGAGUAUGAGAGUCGUACGAGACAAAGAGGAAGAGAGCGACAGCAUCACGAUGUUUGGCUUGUCACCCAUUCAGCGCAUGUUCACUCGCCUCUCGCCUGGCGAAAACCACUUCAACCAGAGCUUCCUACUCAAAGUCUCAACAGAAAAAGCGCGCUUGACCGAGGACAUUGUGAGACAGGCCCUCGACGUUGUGGUCAAACGCCACGCCAUGUUAAGAGCUCGUUUCCAGAAGCUUGGUCGCACGCACAAGCAGUGGAUCGAGCCUGUGGUGAAGGGCUCGUACAUCUUCCAGUCCUGGGAAAUGCCGGCUUCGCCUUCGUUCCCGCUCGAUGCUGCUGAGAAAAUUUCCCAAACUCAGCAGGCCCUCAACCUUGAAAACGGACCAGUCUUCGCCGGCGACUUGUUCAACGUUGGCGAUGAUCAGUAUUUGUUCCUGACCGCUCAUCACCUCGUUAUUGACCUCGUCAGCUGGCGCAUAGUUCUCAAGGACAUCGAGGAUUACAUCGUCGAGGGAACCAUCUCUGCUUACCGCAGCAUGUCCUUCGAACGGUGGUGUGGGUUGCUCAACACGCACCGCAAAUCCUUGGCCAGCACCGCGACAGUGCCUUUCGAGGUUGCCAGCCCUGACUACGCAUACUGGGGUAUGGCCGGCAAACCGAACUACGCCAGUGACUUCGAGCACCACCGAUUCGCCCUCCGUCCGAGCACUUCGCAGGCACUUCUCGGACCAUGCAACGAGCUGCAUGGGACGGAUUCUCUCGAUUUGUUCUUGGGUGCUGUGAUGCACUCCUUCGCUGCCACCUUCCAAGACCGUGACAUUCCGCCAAUUUACAAUGAGGGCCAUGGCCGUGAGCCUUGGGAUUCUUCCAUCGACCUUUCGAGAACCGUUGGCUGGUUCACCACCAUUGCCCCUGUCUGGGUUGACAGUCGCCGUUGCAACAAGGACAUCCUCGAAUACGUCAAGCAGGUCAAGGAUGUCAGGCACACCACGCCCCACAAGGGUUUCCCGUACUUCAGCUCCCUCGAUUUCGACCGGAAGCCUUUCAACAUCGAGGUCUCGUUCAACUAUUUUGGCUCCUUCCAGCAACUCGACCGCUCCGAUGCGCUCCUCAAGCAAGUCCACUUCCGCAACAUUGAUGUCGAUCCCUGCGAAAUCAGCGAGAAGCACAACAAGUUCGCGCUGAUCGACAUCAGUGCCGAGUCGGAGAACAACCAGCUCGUCUUCACCUUCAGCUUUAAUCGCGCCAUCGGCCGCAGGGAUGAGAUCCAGCGCUGGAUCAGCAACUACCAGAAGAGCCUUGAACACAUGGCUCGCGUCCUGGGAUCUCGUGGUUCCGACUCUGUCGGCGCCUCUGAGGUCAGCGUGCCUCGCUCCCUUGCUAUGCAGGUUGCGCAAAAUCUCGGUCUCAAGGCGCUCGGCGUUGAGGACGGCAAAGUCGAAGACAGCUACCCCUGUACUCCAUCGCAGCAGGGCAUGCUCCUCAGCCAGAGCAAGGACGCCGAGGUGUACUGGUUCCGAUCCGUCUAUGAGCUGGAGCUUACCACUGAGGCGCCCGUCACUUUUGACAACCUGCGGCAGGCUUGGAGGGCUGUCGUACGUCGCCACCCUGUCCUACGGACCAUUUUCGUGGAGCAGAACUCGACCGAUGGUUUCUCCGAUCAACUAGUUCUCAGGGACUAUGAGCCGAAUGUCAUUGAGGAUGACGUCCCGGCUUCCUUGAGCGAAGCCCACUUGUCCGAGUUCCUGAAAAUCCGAUCAAUUCCCUCCGACAUGCUCUGCCGGCGGGCGCCUCAGCACCAACUCCGACUUGCGCGCCAAGAGUCGACUGGCAGAGUCUUUUGCAGCUUUCUCCUCAGCCACGCAAUCGCUGAUGGUUGUUCAAUGGCAGUGAUCCUGCGGGACUUGAGCACGGCUUGCGAGGCUCGCCCCCUGAAUGCAGCGAAGCCGCUGCUGAAGAAUUACGUCGAUUACAUCCGCUCCCGGGACGCGGUCCAAGACAUCAGCUUUUGGAAAAAGUCGCUCGAGGGUGUCGAACCUUGCUUCCUCCCAGUUGAAGAGCAGCCGCUCUCCGAGAAGGUGUUGCAUAAGGCCGAGGUGCCUUUGGACAAGAUCAACUAUGCCAAGAUCAUCAGUGCAGCAAGGGAGCUCGGAGUUUCGGUGUUCACCCUGCUCCAGGUGACCUGGGCGUUGACUCUUCGAGAGUAUUCCAACGACGUUGACCGCGAGGAAUGCUGCUUCGGGAUCGUCACCUCCGGGCGAGACCUGCCGGUCCAAGAGAUUGGCGACAUCGUUGGCCCGCUGGUCAAUAUCCUGGUCUCCAGGGUGGCUCUGCCGCAUGACCAAGCAGUCUCGCAAAUUGCGGAGGUUCUUCACGACAACUUCAUUGACGGCCUUGCGCAUCAAACUUCGUCUCUUGUCGAAAUUACUCAUGAGGUGGGAGCCGGCACUCUCUUCAACACGGGUAUGACGCUACAGAAGGCGAUGCCCGGUGGUCAGGACUCUUCGACUGUGUCGUUUCGGCCGAUGGGCGGGCAGGAUCCGACAGAGUUCGACAUGGUGGUUCAAGCCCUCGACGACGGACGAUCCCUGAAGGUGCACCUGAGCUACUGGUGCGACAAGAUCUCCGACCAACGCGCCAACAACAUAACAACCACCUUCGCUUCGAUUCUCACCCAAGUUGUACACAACCCGGAUGUCAAGCCCGUCGAUCUUCACGUGGCUUCCGACAAGGACGUUCAGCAGCUCUGGGCUUGGAACGCAUCUCUCCCGGCAGCCAUGGACAUCCGCAUCGAGGAGAUGAUAGCCCAACGCACGGCUGAGAACCCAGAACGGGAGGCUCUGUGGUCUUCUGCCGAGGUCCUCUCCUACCAACAGCUGGACGUUUUUUCCAGCAGAGUCGCUCAAGGGCUACUCGCUGAUGUCGAACGCGAAGAGGUUGUGCCACUCUGCUUCGAAAAAUCCGUCUGGAUUGUUGUAGCCAUGCUCGCCGUUCUGAAGGUUGGUGGGACAAUCGUCUUGAUGGACCCAUCACACCCACUCGAGCGUCUCAGGUCCAUAACCGGCACUGUCAAAGCGAAACGAAUACUGGCCUCGUUUGCCCAGGCUGAUCUCUGCCUGAGCCGCCUCGGCCUUCCGACGGUCGUUGUUUCCGAGGAUAUGUUCAAGCGCCCAUCCGGUCUUUCCAGCACGGCCCCGAGCUCUUUUAUGACAAAGAGGACCACAAGAUCAAGCGCAGACGCUGCCUAUGUCGUGUUCAGUUCUGGAUCAACCGGGGUUCCAAAGGGUUCCGUCACCGAGCACCGGUCUUUCUGCACGGCUACAUACGGAUAUCACCAAGCCAUUGGACAAGUUCCCGGGGAGAGGGUGCUGCAGUUUGCUUCAUACAGCUUCGACGCUUCGUUUUUGGAGAUCCUCGCGUCCCUCAUGGUUGGAGCGACCGUUUGUGUUCCGACCGAAAGGGAGCGCUCCAACCAACUCGUGUCCUUCAUCAACCGCUCGAGAACUACUUUCGCUUGCAUCACCCCGACAGUCGCAUCGCUUCUGGAGCCUGAGGAUGUCCCGACGCUCCGGUGUCUGUCCCUCUGUGGCGAGCCGAUGACCGCCUCACAUGUCUCGAUUUGGUCAAGCAAGAUCCGUCUGGUGAACGCCUUCGGCCCCAGUGAGUGUUGUGUCGGCAGCGCCGCGAACUCCUUCGUCACGCAACAGUCCGAUCCCAAUUGCAUCGGGAAGGCUGUCUCCUGUUGCUAUUGGGUGGUCCACCCGCGCAACCACAACCGCCUGGCGCGAAUUGGAAGCAUCGGCGAGCUGCUCAUUGAAGGUGCAAUUCUCGCCCGCCACUACCUCGAUGAACCAGCCAGGACCGCCGCCGCCUUUAUCAGCAAUCCGGAGUGGGCAAGGCCCGGCCGUGGCACAAGACUCUACAAGACAGGCGACCUGGUCUACCAAAACCCGGACGGCUCCUUCCAAUACGUGGGCCGGAAAGACACACAGGCCAAGCUCCGCGGCCAAAGGCUAGAAUUUGGCGACAUUGAGCAGGCUUUUCGGGACGUUGUCCCUCAAACGGAAAAUGUCGUCGCCGAGAUUGCUCAGCCCAACGGCCAAUCACCCCGCCUCAUGGUCUGCUUCUCGGCGAAGAACAUCAAUCGCGACAACUUCGAUGAUUCUGGAAUCAAGGCAAAGCUAUCCCAGAAGAUCCCCGCGUACAUGGUGCCGUCAGUCAUUGUGCCCCUGGAGCAGCUGCCGCUGAUGCCUUCAGGCAAGGUCGACCGCAAGAAAAUUAGAGCCCUCGCGGCAAGCUUGACCACACGACAAGAAAAGCGAGCUGGUCGUUUGCCCACAACCGAGAUGGAAGUUGUUCUGGCUUCGCUCUGGAAGGACGUGAUGAAGUCCGCCCCUCCCCAGAUCAUGGCUGAUGACAGCUUCUUCCAAGUCGGGGGUGACUCUUACACUGCUAUGAGGCUGGUGACUGCCGCGAGAGCCUGUCGCAUCUCCCUGAACGUGGCAGUCAUCAUGCAGACACCGAAGCUUUCUGACAUGGCAAAGAAGGCGAAGCGCACGGUGGGGGUUGACCAGAUCUCCGACCCUGCAACAACCACCGCAUUCAGCAUGGUGCGUUGGAACUCGGAGGUCGAGGAGGAAGUGUCAAGACAAUGCGACAUCCCCAGCGACACUAUCCAAGACGUUUACCCAUGCACGCCCUUACAGGAAGGUCUUUUUGUGCUCUCGGUCAAGCAAGCCGGGACGUACGUCGCCCACCACUGCUAUGAACUUCCACGCACUCUCGAUCUGUCUCGAUACAGGACUGCGUGGAACGGGGUCUACCAGUCUAACGCAAUUUUGAGAACUCAUAUUGUACAGCUCGACUACUCUGAUGCUGGCAAGUGCGGAGGCCUCUACCAGGUUGUCGUCAACAAGCCGCUUGUUUGGCAUCAUGCGAGCUCCCUUGACGAGUUCACGACAUCCCGCCCGGUUUCACUCGGAGCGCCCCUGACUGAGUUUGCCAUCGUUGAACAGAACUCCUACGCCCGGUACCUGGUAUUGAAGAUGCACCACGCCGCCUACGACGCUACGUCGCUCCGGAUGCUCUUCGAGGACGUCGAAACUGUGUACAACGGCGGACAGAUUCCCCAAAGGCCCCUUUUCAAGGCGUUUAUCAAGCAGCUCCAAGACAGUCAGAUUCAGGGGACUCAGGGUUUCUGGGCUCGUUACCUCCAUGGUGCUCAACCUCCAACCUUCCCCAGCAUCCCUACAGGCUAUGUUCCCUCUGCCGACUCGAGCUUCAACUCUGACAUCACCAUGCCGGCGGUCAAGUCCAAGACAUUCACCGCUUCGACGAUGAUCCGGGUUGCAUGGGCCAUGGUUCUUUCUAAGCACGCCGAGACCCACGACGUGGUGUUUGGCGAGACUCUUAGCGGCCGCAACGGCUCUGAUGACAUGGCCGCUGAGAUGCAGGGGCCGAUGAUCACGACACUUCCAGUCCGCUGCUUCUUGGAGGAAGACGGCAGCAUCGACGACAUUCUGUCAGAUAUGCAGUCCGUCAUGGUGGAGAUGAUCCCUCACCAACAUGCUGGCCUGCAGAACAUCAGGCUCGUGGGCCCCAGUGCGGCCGCAGCGUGCAACUUUGGCUGCUUGGUUACGAUUGCGCUGGAGUCGUCUGCGUCUACCGAUCUCGGCCUAGGAAUUAACCCUGUUGAUAUUGGAGCACCACCUGCAAUGAGCUAUCCGCUGUCAAUGCAGUUCAUUCUCGGAGAGAAGGGCGCAAUGAAGGUCUCUGUGUGCUAUGACCAGCGUUUGGUGGACGGCAUUCAGGUGGAGAAUAUGGUGGCUCAGUUCGUCCACGUUCUGAGUCAGCUCUGUGGAGGAGAGAAAAAGACCGUGAACGAGGUUGAGGUGGUGGCGGAUCAGACGAGCAUUGUACUGGCUGGUGCGAAAGAGAGCUUGAGAUCUGACGUGUUGGGAGUACUUCACGGAGAGAUUGAGGACAUGUUGGAGGAGAUUUCGUCGCAGGAGCUAAGCAAGUCUGGCACGUCCUGCUCAGGGGUAACGAGGGCUCAAGGGGACUUGGAGCAGGAGAUGAAAAAGCUCUGGGCAGAUAUUCUGAGGAUGGCGCCAGAGGAGGUCAACCCAACCGACAACUUCUUUCAGCUUGGUGGCGACUCGAUCAGCUCCAUGCGGCUGGUGACUGCUGCCGAACGCAAGCGGAUCAAGAUUACCGUUGCCGACAUCUUCCAGCAUCCGACCCUGGACGAAUUGUGCGAGUUCGUCGCGCAGGUUAACACGACUCCUCCGCAGGAGGCCGUUGUGGGCGGAUCGGGUUUCGACGACGAUUACGACGCAUUUGGGGUGGUUGACUUCCUUGAGUUGGAGAGGGAUGAUGUCGUUGCGACGGUGUGCAGGCAGCUUUCCGUCUUCCCUGGCGAUGUCGAGGACGUCUACCCUGCCACUGACUACCAGGCCUGGGCCGUCAGCCACGGGCUGAUGAGGAGCAGAGGAAACACCAACUAUUUCCUGUUCCGACUGCACGGUGAUCUCGACACCUUCCGACUGGAGCAGGCCUGCAGGAAGAUGGUUGCCUCAAACCCGAUUCUGCGCACUCUCUUUACCACUAUCCGCGGCCAGCUCAUGCAGGUCGUACUGCGGUCCUAUCAGAUCGAGUUCCUGCGCCACGGCAGCGAGCAUUCCGCGGACGACAACUUCAUUCAGUGGCUCGUUGAGCAGGAUGCUCAACGGUCGGCCUGUCUCUCUCAGUCGAUCGUGCGCUUCAAGUUGGUCCUGCAUGCCGAUGGUCACUUCGUCCUGAUCAUGCGCAUGUCCCAUGCUCAGUACGACGGCAUGAGUCUACCGCUUCUCACCCAGGAUCUAGCAAAUUGCUACAACGGGCAGGAACCCAAGCACCGCCCUUCGUUCGGCAACUUCAUCCAGGGGGCUACUUUCAGGGAGGGAGACGCGAUCAACUUCUGGGGCAAUCUGCUUGAAGGUUCCUCCAUGACCGAGAUUGUCAAACAUUCAGGUCCAUCACACGGCCAUCACGUCGACACCAUUCGCACGAGGACCCUGCCGCCAAUUCCCGUCAAUAUCGCGGGCAUGUCCCAGGCCACGCUUGUGAAGGCCGCCUGGGCGCUCGUGCUGGCCAAACUGUCCGGCCAACACGACGUUGUGUUUGGCAAUCUAAUCUUUGGCCGGAACAUGCCUGUCUCCGGGAUCGAGGAUAUUACUGGCCCUUGCAUCAACAUAAUACCGGUGAGGGUCAAAGUCGACGCGAUGGACAGCUUACACGACCUCCUUGCCCUGGUUCAGGAGCAACAGAUGGCGGCCAUGCCCCACGAAAACCUCGGCUUCCGUCGCCUGAUCAAGAAUUGCACCGACUGGCCGCAUUGGGCCCGGUUUAGUACCGUUGUUCAACACCAACAGCUCGGUCGUGAUGGUGCUCAAGGCCAGGAGUUCACUCUUGGGGAGAACCUGAAGUGCGAGAUGGGUGUUCUUGGACCCGCCUACGAUUCUGCCGAUCUCUGGGUACAGACCACACCGCACACAGGUUCGUUCAAAGUCGAGAUUGGCUCCUGCAGCUCGGUUGUUCAGCCGGCGGUCGCUGAGAUGCUACUCGACAAGCUCUGUGCCACCCUCAGCAUCUUGGCGGCCAUCUCGGUCGGCAACAGCCCGCAUCUGUGGGAGCUCCUGGCUCGGGACGGAGGGCCAGUCAUUCCUAUCAAGUCCUCCAUCGUCGAUCAGGUGUGGAGCAGAGUUCUGCCUGACGCCGACACCAUCCCAUGGGACACUCCCUACUUCGAGAUUUGGGGUGACGAGAUCGCCCCCGCUCGGUUCCUCGAGGAAUACGCCGAGCAAGGCCUCCACUUUGACAUGGAGGACAUCCUGGAGAACCCGACCAAGCAAGCGCAAAUGAUGCUCACAUCGCGCGUUCACUCCGACAAGAGCCGCGGCCGCAACUCUCGGGAUGUCCCUUAUCCGGUCCCGUUACGGCCAAAGCCAUCAAGACAAGACUCGGCGCAGAGCGCAGCCACAACCACCACAAACAACAGCGGCUUCUGGAUGCUCGACUCGUCCAGCACCUCGAGUCAAAAGUCGAGCCGCGCCAGCAGCAGCAGGGGCAACUCGGUUCCCGACUCACCGCUCGUGGCCUCCCCCAGAAUGGGCGUCGCGGGCGUGCUGACCCCGCGGAGGAAGAGUACCAUGCCGGUCUCAGGGAUGCGGGCACGCAAAUCCACCGCUCCGUACCCAGCCGCGAGGCCUGGUUACAGCCUCAGCUCGGUUUCCUCGGCUUCGUCAUCUGCCAGUGGAGGAGACCCAGCAGCGUCUGGCCGGUCGAUGUCGUGGGCGGACAGGAACAGGUCCAUGUCGAGUGCGAACUUGAGCCCGCCUUCGACGCCCGGGUCAAGUACCGGCUCGGCUGCUGGGUCGGUCGCGAGCCCCAGGCGGACUGCUGCCUUGAGGCCGUUCAAGUUGCCUGAGUAUGCUCGUCAGGCUGCGGGCAAUGACAGUGGUGGUGAUGGGGAGGGGGUGAGGCCGAGGUUACGGAGGAAGAAGGGGAAUAGUUUUCCGGUGCGAUUCGGGGCGAAGGUGCCGGCUGGGAGGUGGUGAACUCGGUUCAAAUGUUGGCGUUGGGUUUCGGAGGCAGGAAUCUUUUGCAGGUCGUCUUUGUCUUCUUUCGUGGGUUUGUUGCUUAUUGGCGUCAGUUAUGAUUGCUUUAGGAGUUAUGGUGGCGACAUUUGGGAAGAAUGGGUCGUUG